UUAAACGGUUACCACAAAAAAAAUCAUACUUUGUCAAAGCGGUUUCAAAACAAAACACAACAAUGGUUAGCAAAGGAAUGUUGAUUGUGUUCAUCUCCUCUUUUGCCGUAUCCUGUUAUGGUUCAGGAGUCCCAGUAGCUGCUCCAGUAGCGUACGCAGCCGCUCCCGUUGCUUAUGCUCCAACUCCUUAUGCUACAUCUUAUAGUGCCAGUGUUGUGAACCAUGCUAUAGCUGCGCCAGUUUUUGCUCCUUUAAUUGCUCCUGCUCCUGCUCCGGUUAUUGCUGCUCGUGCUGCACCUUUAGUAGCCCCGGCUAGUCCUUUAGUGGCUCCAGUCGCACCAGUUCCUCCUGUUGUAGCAGCUCGUGCUGCAGCCGUUGCAGCUCCGCCACCUGCCCCAGUAGCAGCUGCACGAGCUGCUCCCGUUGUAGCACCACCUGCACCUCUGGCACCUGCUCCAGUAGCUCCUGUGGUAGACGCUAGGGCAGCCCCUGUUGUAGCUCCUGUAGCGCCCGUAGUAGCAGCUCGAGCAGCACCUCUUGCAGCGCCAGUAGCUUCACUCUAUGGUGUUCCACCAGCAGCUUUUCCUUACGCUUAUUCGGCUUCAUACAAUGCUCCUUUAAUUUACAAAAAAUGAUUUGUUAAAUGAUAUCUUGUAAAUGUUGGAUACGAUGGGAUGUUCUGUAGGCAAUUGUUUUGUAAAUACGCAAAUAUAUCUUUCAUUAAAAUAUGCA